AACCGCCGCGUCGCGCUGCGCCCCGUCCAGACAGAAUUCCCCGCCGCCGCCACCCGCCGCCCGCCGCGCCGCCAGGGCCAGCAAGCCAUGACGACGCGCAUCGCGCCGGGCGUGGGCGCGAACCUUCUCGGACAGCACUCGGCAGAGCGCAACCAGGACGCCACCACCUACGUCGGCAACCUCGACCCGCAGGUUUCUGAGGAGCUACUAUGGGAAUUGUUUGUCCAAGCAGGCCCUGUUGUUAAUGUGUAUGUCCCAAAAGACAGAGUCACAAAUCUACACCAGGGAUAUGGAUUUGUAGAAUUCAGAAGCGAGGAAGAUGCAGAUUAUGCCAUUAAGAUUUUGAACAUGAUCAAACUAUACGGAAAGCCCAUAAGAGUAAACAAGGCCUCCCAGGAUAAGAAAAGCUUGGAUGUUGGCGCAAAUCUUUUUAUCGGCAAUCUCGAUCCAGAUGUUGAUGAGAAGCUCCUUUACGACACCUUCAGUGCAUUUGGAGUGAUUGUGACUAAUCCUAAGAUAAUGCGAGACCCUGAAACUGGAAAUUCUCGAGGUUUUGGCUUCGUGAGCUACGAAUCCUUUGAAUCAUCCGAUCAAGCAAUAGAGGCCAUGAACAACCAACAUUUAUGCAACCGGCCAAUCACUGUCUCUUAUGCUUACAAGAAAGACACAAAGGGAGAACGGCACGGUACACCAGCAGAGCGACUGCUGGCAGCCAAUAACCCAGGCUCUCAGAGGAAUAGGCCACACACGAUGUUUGCAAGUGGUCCGCCGACCCAAGGGCUUCCAAAUGGUGCCCCCCCUGUGCCGCGAUCUUAUGUCAAUGGCACAGUACCGGGACAGAUUCAACACAUUCGGCCACCGCCACCUGUUGGACAAUUCCCUCCUCCAAUGCAGAUGCAUGGGCAACCUGCUUGGCCUGCUCCUCCACACACUGCGCCACCCCCCAUGCCACAGCAGCUCCAGUACAGGCUUCCCAUGAGGCCACCACCACCAAACAUGAUGCCCCCUCCGGUUGGCAUGGUAAGGCCACCGCCACCUCCUGCCGGUAUGUCCGCUCCACCUAUGUGGAUGCCACCUCCACCCCCGCCACAACAAGGCGGUGGGAUGCCCCCACCUCCCAUGUCCAUGCCGCCACCGCCUCCACCACCUUCUGGUUAAACACAAGUAGGGGCAGGGGAAAGUACCAUCCGGUUGGUCAAUAUUCAUGCUGUAGCUGUAGACUGAGUAUGUUGGUAUAUCGCCAUGUAACUUGCAAACACUAGUUGAAGGUGAGAAUUUAGCUGACAUACAAACUCUCGAGGUUAUUAACAGUUAUUUGUGGUCUGUUGAAGAUGAAUGAUUUUUUUUUAUUAUAUGUACCAUCUUUUUGUGGCCUCUGAUGUUGUGCUAUGUGUAGAACAGUUGCUGUCAA